AUGGCAUUUGCAAGCAAUACACAGUGUUUUCACUAUGAACCUACAACAAUACAAGAAGAUCUAAUAAAUCAAAUCAGAGAAUUAUCUGAACAAAACCCCGAAUGGCCAUCAGUUCCUAUUCAUGUAUUUGAUGUUGUGGAUGAUAAUAAUUCUGAUCAGUUGGAACAAAAAUUACGUGACGAUAUUCGAGAACAUUUCGAAAAACGGAUUAUUCUCAUUCCAUACCAUUCAGAAAACUCAAACCAUGCGAUAAUUUUAAUUGAAUUUCAAGAUAGUGAACACAUUCUUCGUGCUGAAUUUAUUGGAUCAAAUGCUAUUCUAGAUCAACUACAAACGCAACUUAAUAAAGUCUAUUCAUCCGUCACUUUUCAGAAAAAAGAUUGGAUCUAUCCUAACGAUUCAGAAGUUGCUUUAAAACGAAACAUUGAACAUUUAAUAUCAACCGUCGAAGGAAAUCAACAUUCUACAAUGAUCAAUUCACAAAUACAUUUGUUAUCUGGUACUGUAUUCAGUGAAAAUCAAACAAGCGUCUCCAUUUCACAGGAAGGUAACGAAAAUGAACUUGGGAGAUUAAACCAGCAAUUAAGUAGUCGUCUUGUCGAAUUAAAAAUUCGAGACGUGAAUCUUUUACCUGAGAAAAUCAAGCGAGCACAAGAAUAUAUUAAAGAUUGUGAAGACGACGGAAGAGCAGAAGAAGCUGAUAAAGAAAAAGAACGCUUAAGGAAACUUGGACAAUUGAAAAUUCUUGUCGAUAAAAUUUCGCAGUUAGAUGCUGUAGAAUCGAAUAGUACUGAGUGCAGUAGGCAAGUCGAAUUUCUUCGGUUACAAGAAAAACUGAGUAGCAGCUUAGCACGUAUGAAGAUUCAAGAUGAAAAAUCUUUGCUGCAAAAAAUUAAGAAGGCUAAGGAACGAAUUAAUGACUUUCAAGAUGACAAUAGAGUGGAAGAAGCAGAGAAAGAAAGUGAAUAUUUAGGAAAACUUCAAGAAAUACAACAACUUAUGAACGAAGUCGCUAAGUUUAAUUCGGAUAUGCCCACCCUCCGUCGAAUUGAAAGUCAAACAGAAACGACAGAUCACAAUAUUUUGAGACACGAAGAGCACCAUGGAGUUCCGCGAAACAGACUCCAACAAACUACAACGGACCACAACGAACAGCAACCUGUUGAUGUUGUUCCCUUGACUGAAACUCUACCUAAUGUAGCCGGAAAUGAACAAAUGCAACAAAGAUUACAUCCCGAAAGCGAUUUGACACGUAUACCUUAUUGUGCUGAGAGAACCAUCAUGGAACUCUUGAAACACUGCGUCCAAAAAUCAGCCGCAUUACAAGACCAAAAUUUUCUAACUGACAUGUUAAGUCAAUUAGAUACUCAGAUGAAGCAACAAGAAUUAUUCUCCUUUGAAGUUAAAGCUUCUUUUGAAAGUUUAAGAUCAGCGAUAUGUAGUGGAACGAGUUCUAAUUUAAUGAAUAGGCUGCAAGUACUUUUAAGAAAAAUUCGACCUAUCAAUAUUGACGAAACGCAAAUACUUAUUGAUAAAUCGAAAGAUGCCGCUCAUUUAAUUCGUGACAAAGAUGUUGUUCUAUUAAUCGGAGAAACCGGUAGUGGGAAAUCGACCACCAUCCAUUUCCUUGCAGGUUCACAUAUGCAGGAAGUUCAAGUCCCAAUAGAGUCAAACAAAUUCCUCCGACAUAUCGCUGCUGUUGAACCUAUACAUAAUCUUGAAUUAAAGAAUGUCACAAGUAGUCCAUUUCAUAAAUCAGAAACACGUUAUAUUGCACCAGUAACAAUUGAACUUGAGAAUGUUCCUGGUAUUCGUGAAACCGGUGUAGUUAUUUUAUGCGAUGCACCUGGUUUCGGUGAUACUGCAGGUGCUGAAGUAGAUAUUGCGAAUAGUGUUGGCAUUCUCGAAGGUUUAGUAGGAGCUCGAAGUGUCAAGUUACUGGUUUUAUCAAAUUUUCAGAACUUAGGUAAACGAGGGGAAGGCAUUCAAAGAUUGGCGCAUAUCGUGAUCAACAUGGUCAGUGAUAUAGCAGAGAGACUUGACUCCAUUAUUUAUGGUUUCACACAAUAUCCGGAAAAAGAAGAUAUUAAUACUAUAUUAGUAGAUAUUAUGGACUCGAGAGUAAAUGCUGAUCCCCGUUUGAAAUCUGAUCCUGCCUUUGUCACUGUAUUGAAAGAUAUGAUUGACAAAACCGAAGAGACUGUUUAUCGGAUUGAUCCAAUUCACGGUGAUCGGAAAGUAUUACUUAAGAAAUUAAAACGUAUGAAAGGUAUUCUGUUUCCAGAAACAGCUUUUCGAUUUUCAAUAAGUGAAGAAACGCGAGCUACAAUUGCUAGUCAUGUGGAACUCGAUAGAUAUAAUAUUAUUUGUGCAGUAAACCAUAAAAACAACGAACUUGUCUUGUACUAUCUAAACGAUUUGAAGAUGUUACAAGAAUUAACGAAACAAAAUGUUGUUCGUGAUGCUUAUGAAAGGUCGGUUCGUUGCAUUAGUGAAACUAUCGAUAAGUGUUGUACAGAUAAAAAGGAAAAAUUCAAUCGAGCAUUAAAUAGUCAGGACGGAUUAAAAGAAGAUGAUAUUUCGGAAUAUAAGAAUUCAGUUGAAUAUCUUCAACAUACUCAAAUCUUAAAAGAACAUUUAGGAUCGAGUUUAUCACCACCAGAAAUGUUAGUUCAAAAUAUUAUUUUUCAGUUAAAUCAGAUAAAAAGUGUUUUGAUUAAAAACGAAUCAUAUAAUCCUUUUGUUCGAGUAUAUUUAAAUAAUCUUUCAUCAUUGCGAAUGCACUUUUUUCAACUUGAAACAUACUAUACAACUAGCUGUUCGGAAUUUAAGGUUAGUUUUGAUGAAUUAGUAAAGUCAUCAAAGAAGCUUAUUCCAACGAACAAUUUCAAAGAAAUCGCAGAACGUAUUCUAAGUAUCUCGAAAUCUUCAGAGAUUUUAAAAGAUCAUUGUGAUGAUCGAACUGAAGCAGCAUACUAUGAUUUGAUCGAAGCCCUUUUAAAACAUCUGAAUAGUUAUUGUGAAAAGGCCGAUUGUCUUUUAAAAAAGAAUCGAUUAAAUCCUGAUGACACUGUGACUCUUCAAGAAUAUAUGGAAAUUUUAACAUCUGCAAAAGAAAAUUCUGCACUUAAAGAUUGUAUAGCGCCCUAUACUAAUAUGUUCACAACGCAAAUAAGUACUUCCAGACAGGAUCGUUUCAGACGGCAAGACUCGGAAGGAUUUUUUAAAGACAUAAAUGCAAUUCAUCGAAGUUUUGUUUCAAGAAUUGUCGAUUAUUUCAAUGCGAUUAAAACGAGAAUCGAAGAACUUUUUCGAAGACAGAAAGAUCACGCUCUAGAUGAUAUACACAGACUCAUUACAGAUAUGGACGCCAUUCGUUCUAUUCCCGAACUAGAAUCGAAAACUGUGGGAAUCUAUUACUGUACUGUUGAAAGUAUCAAUACUUAUAUGAAAGAAUUCCAAAUCGAAGCAGAAAAUCUAGUUGUUACUAUGAAUAAUCAAUCAGGCACAGUCAACUAUCGAAGUUUAGCUUUUUCAUUAUCGCGUAUAAAAAAUGCUGAUUGGAUUGACCGUAUUAGUCCAGGAACAUAUGAUAACUUAAUUCGUCGUGUUACUGUUGAGUUAGUUGAACAAGCAUGUCGAUUAGAAAGCAGUUUGUUGAAAAUAGAUUGUAGUUUAACAUUUCCGGACAAUGUUUGCAAAGCAUAUGAUAUUGUUGAAAAAAUAGAAUCGAUGAGUCAUUUGGAAAAUACGAUUCCUGAAUUAGAAAAGUUUAGAAAGAAUAUCAUUCAACGAUUUUUACAAUCGAUUCAAGCGGUUUUCGAUCGAAUACAGUCGAUAUUUGAUUUACAGGACAAAGAUGUUGAUCUCAUUAAACAAAAGUUAAACGGUUUAGAACAAACGAAAAAAGAAUUUCUUCAGUUACAUCCAGCAUCAGUACAUUUACGUAAACAUAAUUACUCAGAUAUUCAUGUUCUAGAUAAGGAAAUUGAGCAGUUAAUUGAGAAUCGUCAAGCCGAAGUUCGCGCAGUAGAAACUGAGCAACAUCAGUUGACUGAUAAAGUACGCAAUGUGAACACAGUAAUUAGCAGAAAUCACCGUUUGUCUUUAGAAAUAAAUGAAAGUCCCAUCGAAAACUCGCCGAACAUGAAUACACUGCCCACAAAUAAUUUAACUUCAUUAGGAUAUUCUUGUAUUGACGAUGUGUAUAGAGACCACCUAGGAACUAAAGACCGUCUUUUGAAUAUAUCAAAACAAAAUGAAGAAGCGACUAAAGAAUUCAAUAAUCGUUUACGUCAUCUUCGACUAAUCAAAGUAGAAUAUCAAUCACUUCUAGAAAACCAUAAAUUAAUGUCUUCUGAAGAGAUGAGUUUUUUAAAAACACAGGGAUUUGAAAGUGUAGAAUCACUUGAUGAAGUGAUUCGAGAAAAAAUGAAAGUGAUUAAUGAGAGAGGUCAAAAGCAGACUUAUUACUUCAGUAAAACAAUCGAUGCAUCGACAGCAAAUAGUGCGUUGAUCUAUCUUCAUAAAUGUGAAGAAGUCAGUGAUGAUCGUGUUCGAACGAAUGCUAUUCACACGAAUGAAAAUUUAAGGAAAUAUCUAUUUGAAUAUGGAAAGUUUCUUGAUCAAGUAAUUAGAAAUAAAUUCGAUUCAACAAAAAAGAUUCCUCUCGAUAAUGAUAUUUGUCAACAUUCUCAAGAAUUGAGUAUGCAUUUACAAGAAUUAACAAAUUUAGAAAGAUAUUCAGCUGUUUUCGAAUGUAUCAAAGGAAAAGAUAAAAUCGAUUAUUGGCAUAUAACAUUUUCCGAUUUUCAUCGCAACUUAACUCAUGAAAUUCAAAUUCGUAAACAAUCGUUUCAAGUUCAAGAACUAAAAGAUCGCUUAACGAUUGCACACGCAUUAAGUUAUGUAGAUCGUUUUUGUGAUAGUGGAUCCUCCUCCAUGAGUAGAUUCGAAACUUUGUAUAUUCAGUAUCAUACAGAAGAAAUAAAAGAAUGUCGACAAGUGUAUGGAACGAUUUUAGAUCAUAUUGAGAAAGAAGAGUAUGCUAAAGCCGAUAUAGCGCUAUCAAAUAUUAAAGAAGGUUCUUUAAAUGCCAAAGAUUUGGCUCAAAUUGAACAUGAUCUGAAAAGUUCGCUGAAUAAAUUAAUCAGUCAAACGAAAAGUACGGCUAGUUGGUUAAACGGAAAAAUCGAAAAAGGAGAUGAAAGUAAUCAGUCGAAAAUACGUCAAAUAAAAGAAAAUAGCGAUAAAGUUCGAAUAGCUGCGAAUAAACAUCGAAUUUUCGAUUUAGUUGAUGACCGAACCCGAAAUUCUUUAGCAAAAUUCGAUCAAGACAUGAGUCAUAUUUUGUCAACCGUUCUUUUAAGGGGUAUUCAGUCGAUUCAAGCAUUUAUCGACACGAAUAGUUUUUCAGAAGCUGAACAAGGAAUGGAAAAUCUUUGUUUAGUACAGCAUGAAUUAACCGAUUAUUAUACAUCAGAAGAAGUUCAGCGUAAAACAGAUGAAUUGAGGAAUCGAUUAGAUAAUGUAGUAAAUCAACUUUUGAAAGAAAAUGAUUUUGCUGAUAUAAGCAAUUUCUCAAGCAAUCCUCCGAGAGCUCUUCUUGAAAAACUAAUCAUGGUACCGCCACAUGUUAGUUCGAGAUUUAAUCAAGUACACAAAACGAUGUCUGAUCGAAUUCGAAAUAGCUUUUCAUCAGCGAUUUCUGUUAUAUCUGGAUUAACCUUAAAGGAGCGUACAGAGAAAGUGCGUGGAUUAAAACAAGCGUUGUGUUUUUUACCGGAUGACAUGCAAACACAGUUUAGGGGACAGAUUGAGGAAUUGAUUAAUCAAAAUGUUAAUGAAGAGAGAACAGAAAAACAACAUCUAAAUGACUUAUUGAAGCGUGUACAAGUCGAUGAUAAUGCCAUUUCACAAUUAGGACUAUUAGCUGAACAUUAUAAGAGUGCAAAUAUGCAUGAACUUCUGCAAAUAUUACGCGAACAAUGUUUAAAGGAAUUACAUAGGUAUAGAACAGAAAUGCAGACUUCUGAUAUUGAAUCUACUGUUCAGGUUCUUAAGAAAAUAGUUAAAUAUAAAAAAUCUCUUGGUAUAUAUGUUCCGGAAGCACUAGAGUUUUAUUCAAGUGUUAGCAAGAUGAUUCUGAAAAAUUUUCUUGAUUGCUGUGAAAAUUUAGCGAACAUAUCUUCGAUUGAGCAAAGUCAAUCAGUUGAGAAAGCAUUUGAAAAUAUGGUUAGCUACCUAAGACUCUCCGUUACAUUGAAUGAACAAGGAGACGGGGAAUUGUUUUCAAUAGAUGAUUUAGGAAAGGCAAACGAUUCUGUUCUCGAAAUGUCGAAAUAUUUAAAAGAAAAUUCUGUAAAAUUUCAGUCUGCUCUUAAUGGAAUGAAUGUUACUGAAUUGUAUAAAACUGUUAUCAUUUCGAAGAAAUACGAUAAACUUCUACAGAAUAUUAAGCGUUGUUCAUCGAUACAUGAGCUCGUUGAAAGUUUACGUAAAGAUAUGAAAUCGGUAAUUUCAUAUUCAGAUAUGAUAUCCAAUCUUGAGACAUUCGCUAAUAGUCUCAAAAGUCAAUUGAAAGUUGAACUUAUUAAUGAUGUCACGACCAAAUUUGAAAUAGAACGCGAUGCAUUUUUUCAAAAGCUAAUGAAGUUAAUCGAUACAUACCGAUCAUUCAGUUCAAAAUUUGACGGGAUUUUAUCAACUGCAUCGGAUGUAGGUAAAAUGAUCGAAGACCUAAAGCAGAAUAUCGACAGAAUUAGUCAACAAUUAUUAACGAAAGCAUCGAGAUUAGAACAUUUUUCUGCAAAUGAUUCCGAUGAAUUUCGUAUGUAUUAUAAUCAUCUUCGCUCAUUUCAAAAACAUGUUCAUAUUCCCGAAAUUAACAUCAGUCAUGUUCUAAAUCAAGUUGAAGAGAAGGUUUUCGACAAAAUACACUCUUUACAACAAGAAAUCUAUGAAUUUUAUUCUGAGACCGAACGUGUUGCUAAAGUAUUGUGUCGAAUGAAGUUUUUUGCUGAAAAUCUUUCCAUGUUUGAUACUUAUAUUAAUACGAAGAUCGAUGAAGCGUUGAAAAUGUAUAAAGAUAAAGAAGGAAGUAUUGGUAUAACAAAUUUAACCGUCCUAUUAGAAAGGGAAAUUGAAGGUGCACGUAUUAUCAGUGAACAUUCUUGUUUAUCUGGAGAAGAUCGACGUAAACGACGAGAAAGAAUGCAAAAACAGGAUGAUAUCGAGUAUGCGCUAAGUGAAUUAAAGGGAGAUACAAUUUCAGAAGACAUUUUACGUUCACGUUACAGAGAAUUGAAAAAGAGAUAUGAUACUUUAAUAGCUGAAAAUCUAGCUUUUUUCUCUAAGAAUGGUUCAAAAGAGCCUGAUGUUCAAGUGUUAGUGACACAAAUCAAAUUUCUUGUUGGAACAGUUAAGCAUGAGGCGAAUUCUAUCAGUUGGUCUGCUGCCUUUGUUGAUCAGAUUCCUGAACUCCUAGCACAUAUUUUUGCUCUUUGGACUUUACAAAAUACCGAACAUUACAAUACUAUGCGAGGCAUUCGUGCAGAUCAGGCUUAUUUACUCAUGCCUCAUGUCGGUCAAAUCAUUGCUAUCUUUCGCUUACUCGGUAUCGGAUAUAAGAGUUCCACAAUAUUAGGAGGGACUCGAUUAUUGGGAACAAAAAAGAUUUCCAGCGUUUUAACUAACAAUUUAGUCGAGUUAGGUACUGGUGAGGGUAAAUCCGUUGUCUUAGCGAUCACAGCCUGUGUAUUUGCUUUAACCGGAAUCGAUGUCAAUUGUUCGUGUUAUAGCGAAGUGCUGAGUACACGAGAUAAGAAUGAUUUUACCUCUGUGUUUCGAACGCUUGGAAUAGAAGAAUAUAUCGAAUAUGGAACAUUUAAUAAGUUAUGUGAGCAAGUACUAAAUGAACGAUGUAAUGUACGAGAAAAAGUAUGUGAAAUGGUUCUCAUGAACCAAAGUAUGAUUGCGAAUUCAGAUACGUCACGAUCUAAACGUCCGAAAGUACUUUUGAUUGAUGAGGUUGAUGUUUUUCUCAGUGAUCGAUUUUAUGGUGGAAUAUAUACACCAUCGGUAUGUUUGAAUAAAGAACACGAGAUACUAGCACUGUUAGAUUCGAUUUGGCAAAAUAAGAACGAAUUGCGAGUAUUGAGAGAUGUCACAGCUUUACUAGGUUAUCAACAAUGUGCACUUAAAUAUUUUAACUGGAUGUUUCUUUUUGAUGAAGCUAUCAAAGAUAUGUUAGCCGCUUUAAAAUCCUUUCAAUCAUCUACUUAUAUUGUACAGAAUGAUAAGAUUGUCUAUGUUGAAGGUGAAUCAAUCGUUGAUAAUGUUGUUCGUGGUUAUGAUACUAUUUGGGCAUAUUACUAUGAACAUGAGAAAGGAAAUAUCAGUAGAGAAAGUUUACAAAAUAAUGUAGGAAUUAUUAUCAGUUGUGGAACUAUUUCUUAUGCAGAAAUGCCACAUGAGUUUUCGUAUAUUGCUGGUGUGACUGGUACUUUAAAAACGCUUGCUACUACGGAGGUGAACAUCUUAAAAGAAAUCUAUAAGAUUGCGAAAAUGACAUAUAUACCAUCAGUCUAUGGAAGUAGUAAUCGUACUUAUGAUUCAAGAAGUGAUGUACGUGAGGUUCGAGAAGAUGAAUAUUUUAUGGAAAUUCGUAAUGAGAUUGACACCCAACGUAAUGCUAGUCGCGCAAUUCUGAUCUUUUUUGAAUCAGAGGAAAAAUUAAUAGCAUUUUAUAAUUCGUCAAAUCUAUCUUCUCUUAGAGAACAUGUACAAAUUAUUACGGAGAAAGUUUCUGCUAAAGAUCGAGAUAUGUAUGUUAAACGAGCAGCGACAGAAGGCCGAGUGACAUUAUUAACUCGAACAUUUGGACGAGGAACUGAUUUUAUCUGUCGUACUCAAAAGCUUCUUUCGAACGGUGGUAUUCAUGUUCUUCAAACAUUUUUUUCGGAAGAACCUUCGGAAGAAUACCAAAUUAUGGGUAGAGGAGCACGGCAAGGAGAUCGAGGAUCUUAUCGAAUGAUUCUACUCGGUAAGGACUUAGAAUGGGUUCUUGGUUCAAUUUGGCGAGAAAAACUUAACGAUAUUCAAGGCCCUUUGCUUUACGCAGAGUUAAAAAAGGCUCGUGAUGCUUUGUAUGAGAGUAAAUGUAGUGCAAAACAUCUUGGCAUUCAGCAACGUAAAAAAGAACAUACAGCUACAAAAGAUUUUAUGAACGCAUUAUUAUCGAAAGAUAUAUUAGCAGUUAAGAAUUUUCUAGGUAAACAAAAUAAAGGAGUUGCUUUAAUUGUGAAUAGUUCACGUACUAUCUUACUCAUGGAUGCGACAGGUUCUAUGUCAGGUUUAUUGACAGCGGCGAAAGAAACUGUGUGUACUAUGUUUGAACGUGCCACAGCCGUAUUGGAUAAACAGAAAACACCGAAUAAUGGUUUUGAAAUGCAAAUGACAGCUUAUCGAGAUUAUGAUUGCAUGAAAGAAGGUCUUCUUCAGAGUUCUUCUUGGGAAUCAAAACCGACAAAUCUAAGGUCUUUUAUAAGUCAAAUUACUGCCACAGGUGGUGAGGAUUACCCUGAAGCUAUUGAGAUAGGAUUAUGGCAUGCUGUCCAACAAAGUAAUACGCCGGAAGGAAUAGCUCAGGUUAUUUUGAUCGGAGAUGCGCCAGCUAAGGAUGAAACUGCAAUAAAACAUGACAGAAUGACGUACGGUGGGGAAGCAUAUUGGAAUGCGACUAGUUAUAGAACUCCAACGCAUUAUGCAAAAGAAGUGAGAAAGCUGAAGGAGAAAGAUAUUCCUAUUCAUACAUUUUAUCUUAAUGAUGGAGCACGAAUGAAUUUUGAAGAGAUUGCACGAGAAACAUCAGGACAUUGUAAACGACUAGAUAUUCAUUCUACAGAAGGUGCUGAGUUGCUUACUCAUUUUGUUACCGAAGAAAUUUUAAGAAAAACAGGCGGUGAAGAUGCAGCAAAACUUUAUCAAAAAAUGUUUGUCAAAAAAUCUUUUCUAUCCUAA